AUGGAGAAAGCUGACGUCGUGAUCCCCAACAUCCUCAAACUCGACGACAGCGACGAACGCCUCUGGGUCCCCCGAUCCAACUCGGUGUGGUUCCGCCCCCUCCUCCUCUCCGUCUCCCAAGGCUACUUCGUCAACCUCCUCCGCGUCCGCAAAUCCGGCAUCCUCUCCCGCCACCGCCACGCCGGCCCCGUCCACGCCACCGUCCUCAAAGGCCGCUGGCACUACCUCGAACAUCCCUGGUGGGCGACCGAAGGCGGGUAUGCGUUUGAGCCGCCGGGCGAUAUUCACGCGCUCGAGGUGCCCGAGGAUGUGGAGGAGAUGGUGACGAUGUUUCAUGUCACUGGAGCGUAUAUCUAUGUGGAUGUGGAUGGGAAUCCAACGGGUGUAGAGGAUGUGUUUAGUAAAUUGCAGAAGGCUAAGGAGCAUUAUGAGAAGGUUGGACUAGGAGCGGAUUUCGUGGAACACUUUGUUAGGUGA